AUGGAACUGCUCGAGGAAUGGCAACUCGAGCCAGUUGCUGCCAUCGACGCUGCAGUCAAGGAUGGUGUUCAUAUCCUCUCUCUGUCUCUUGGUGUAGGACCUGAAGAAUUUGAUGUUGAUGCUGUCGCUAUCGCCACGUUUGCUGUUGUUCGCAAUGGCAUAUUUGUCGCAUUUUCUGUAGGCAAUAGCUGGCCAGAUGAAGGAUCUCUCGUUAACAUUGCUCCGUGGAUCACGACGGUCAACGCUGGAUCAAUCGAUCGCAAGUUCCCUACGCGUUUCACGCUAGGGAGCGGUGAAGUCUACAUUGGACAAUCUUUAUAUCAGCAAUCACCAAACUUUACAAGAUUUGCUCCUCUUGUUUAUGUGCCGCAAUGUUUGAUGUCUGAUACAGAAAUAACACAACUCGUCAAGGAAAAGAUCCUCGUAUGUGAAAAUGCAUUUGUUGAGCUCGGUAUGAAAGUGGCUAAAUCCAGAGGUGUCAGUCUGAUCAGACUCAAUGGCAAUUAUAGCGGCGAAGGAGUUAUCGUUAAAGCAUUCACAUUGCCAGGUUUGACAUUAGGCUACUUUGAAGCACAGAAGUUGAUCAAAUACAUAAACUCAACCUCAAAUCCAAGAGCUUCGCUUCAAUUCGAUUACCAAACUGUUAUCAGAGAAACCCGAGCUCCAACAGUCGCUUGCUUCUCAUCGAGAGGUCCUAACUUUAUCCAGCCAGAGAUUCUCAAACCUGAUAUUCUUGCUCCAGGCAUGAACAUCCUUGCUUCUUGGCCUACUGAAACUCCUCUAACUAGAAGCUUGAAAGAUUUGAGAUGUGCAGGCUUCAACAUAAUCUCCAAUACUUUGAUGUCUUAUCCUCAUAUCGCUGGUGUCGCUACGCUUCUCAAAGCAUAA